UUUGUUGUCCGAAGUUAAGUGCAUCCGAAGUUCUCCCUACUUCUUUGUGGGCGUUACCCGGUCUGGAUAAAGAGGAUCGCGUUUAUGUUCAAGAACUUUGGAAUUUUUUAAGCGAAAGAAAGUGCACUGCAGUCCUGCAAAGGUUACAGAAACAUGGCGAAAACUAUUUUCUGGCUAAAAUGUCUGCUCAUGCUGGUCUUCUUGGGAAUCCACGUGUUUUGCUGUGAAGAUGGCACAGUCAGCGAAGAGCAGGUGCAGAAAUACAUCGAGGAGAGGAUGAAAGCCGUUUGGCCUCUUCCUGCUACCCCAGAAGCGGGUAACGACGACCAAAACGUCUACGCAGCAUGUGUCAUGAAGCCCAGCAGUAAACUGGAAGAAGGCAAGCCACAAGUCACAGGAGAAGUGCUUUUCAAGCAGCUCUACCCGGAUGGAAAACUUGACGUGAUAUUUAGACUGGCGGGCUUCAACACCACCGAUAACACAUCAAAAGCCAUCCACGUUCACACGUACGGAGACCUCAGCAACGGGUGCGAUUCUACCGGCGGCCAUUUCAACCCCCAAAAUGUUGACCACCCCAUGCACCCAGGCGACUUUGGCAACUUUACGCCAAAGAAGGGGAAGAUACAUAAAAUGAAGAGCAACAGCAAAGCCACCAUGUUUGGGCCAGAGUCGGUACUCAGCCGGGCAGUGGUGGUUCACGAGAAGGAAGACGACAUGGGAAAAGGAGGCAAUGCUGGAAGCCUGCUGCACGGAAACGCAGGCAAGCGGCUGGCCUGCUGUGUCAUUGGGAUCACCAAGCAGAAGCUCUGGAGCGACACAAUCGAAAGCACCCCCUUCAAGGACUGGCAUCCUGACCAGGGGGUUCCCUGCCUUGUGCCCAUUGCUUGCCAGGAAAAUCUCCAAAUCCCCCUCAACUCUGAAUUGGAAGAAACGGUUGGAAGAAUGGAAGAGUAAAUUUAAAUAUGAUUUAUUUUCUUAAAAAUGAUCGAUAACAAUAAUAAUAAUGGAAAUUAUGUAAUCUUUUGUGGUUUUAUUGCCAGAAAGAAAAGCAAUGUACUUUGCCUCUGAAAGAAUCUGAAAGGAGACAUAAAUAUAGUACACUACAAAAGGCUCAA